AAGUAUCCUCAAGCUCCAUUAGGGCAAUCUCAGCAGCACUGGAAAUACGAAUGACACUAAAAAUUACGGUAGCCAUGCCAAACAGAAACAAAAUAAACAAAAAUCAUCAGUGCCGUUGCCGUUCAAUAACUUGCUUUUCCAAAUUCCAAAUUAAUUAAAUUCCGAAAACCCAUCUCUACACUAAGUAACCAAAUCAUUUUUUUUCGGCAGCAUUUAGUAUCACAUUUUUUGAUAUAAAAUUAAAAACACAACAAUCAAAAAUGUUCGGUUCAGGAUGUGGCAGUCAUGAGAAUACUUUCGACACAAUCCCCUCCUGCGACAUAGAUGAAGAACCAGAAGUAAAUCUCGAAGACUACUUGAUGAAUAUGACAUCCCUAUCAAAUAGUUCCAAAGGCAAGAGUUCUGGAAUAUCGCAUGUCACGAUAAAUACAAUAAAUACAACAAAAGAGACAUCACGACCAGUCGUGGAAACUGUUGAAAAAGAAAUAUCCGCAGACGUGAAACAGUACAACACCAAGAUCGUUGAAGAAGAUCCUUGCAGUGGAAAGAGGGCUGUGAUGCGUGUAUCGCAUGUUUUGAACAAAAAAACAGGAACGGUCAUCACGGUCCAGAGAACGGAUUAUACUGGUGGAUGCCCUGUAAAAGAUAAGAAUUUAACCUAUGGACGGAAUGACAGCCCUUCUAAUCAUUGAAAAUUAACCAUUACAUCAUUUUCAGUCUUGGAAAAUGUGACAAUUCAUCAAUAAAUAUAAUGAUUAUGAUCCACAAA